AUUGGUCAAUUCUUGGACUUCUUGGACGAACACUGUAAACAAUGUAGGUCAUAGGUCGCCUGAUUGCAUCUAACUAGGUCAUUCGCUGCAUUCUUGAGAAAAUGGCCGGUGUUGUCCUGUGGAUGACUGAUUCUGUCCAGGAGAUUUUACAACUCUUUGGGCCGCAUCUGCAGACGAUUCUUGUUCUCUGUGUGACUUUCCUCUUGGUCUGUUUCCUCUUGAAGGACCGCCGCAGAAACCUGCCUCCCUACCCGGCAGGACGCGUGCCUGUUCUCGGGCACCUCCUCGCCUUGGGCGGGGCGCCUCACCUCAAGCUGACGGCGUGGAGGCGGCAGUACGGGGACGUCUUCACCGUCAGGAUGGGGAUGGAAGAUGUGGUGGUUCUGAACGGCUACACUGCCGUCAAGGAUGCGCUCGUGGACAGGUCCGAGCUGUUCGCCUCCAGGCCGGCAAACUACAUGCUGGAUUCUACAGUUGGCUUCGGACAAGACAUUGUUGCUGCACGUUGGGGGACCGAGUUUAAACAGAGAAGGAGGUUUGCUAGCACCGCCCUGAAGAACCUGGGCAUGAAGGCUGGGACUGGCAGCAUUGAGGAGAACAUCAGGGAGGAAGCCAACUUCCUACGGAAUAGGAUUGCAGGAUAUGAAGAAAAACCUGUUGACAUCGCUCAUGACGUGACCGUGGCGGUUGCAAACGUCAUCUGCUCCAUGGCGCUUGGGAAACGUUACGACUACGAGGACGAGACGUUCCGCGAGCUCUCGGAGGCGAUCGUCACUGUCAUGGCUGAAGUUGGAGCUGGACAGAUCAUCAGCGUCUUCCCUUUGUUACGGUUUGUUCCUGGAGUCAACCGAGCCAGCUUAAGUGUAUCCGGACAACUCGCCAAGAUCCAAAAGGUGUUGAAGGAAGAAAUGGUUCGCCAUCGUGAGAACUUGGAUCGCGAGAACCCGCGAGACUUCCUCGACGCCUGUCUGCUGGAGCUGGAACUGCAGGAGAAGGUGGAGGGUCUGACGGAGGAGAACGUCAUGUACAUGGCCCAGAACCUGUUCUUUGCGGGAACAGACACAACCACUAACACCCUGCUGUGGAGUCUGCUCUAUAUGACUUUGAACCCCGAUGUCCAAAAUAAGGUGCAGCAGGAGCUAGAUGCUGUUGUUGGUGAGGGUCUGCCCACCCUGUCGCACCGUUCACAGCUGCCCUACGUGAACGCCUGUCUGCUGGAGGUCAUGAGGAUCCGGACCAUGGGUCCUCUGGCGGUUCCACACGCCACUACAGAGACGGUCAAAGUGCGGGAAUAUGACAUCCCUAAGGGAACCAAGGUAAUACCGAACCUGUACUCCCUCCACAUGGACCCCGCCUACUGGCCUGAUCCGGACCGGUUUGACCCCGGAAGGUUUCUGGAUGCGGAAGGGAAUGUCAUCCACAAGCCCGAGUCCUUCAUGCCUUUUUCAGGAGGCCGACGUGUGUGCCUUGGGGAGCAGCUGGCCAGGAUGGAGCUGUUCCUGUUCUUCUCCACCCUGCUGCAGUCCUUCACCUUCAGGACGCCAGAGGGCGCUCCUGCUCCAACCACCGAUGGUGCCUUUGGUCUGACGCUGACGCCGCAUCCGUUCAAGCUCUGUGCGGCACCACAUUAGUUCAAUUUGUGGGCAAAUAGUCACUUCAUGAAUGAAUUAACAAAUUUAUUGCUCAUCAUGAAAAGCUUCAUGUCUGUAGAAAUAAAAAUAGCACAAUACAAUGUGCCUGAGGUCCAAUGCAUGACAAACGUGAACACGAUUAGACUCCUAGUGGCUUUCCAUUGCGCUGCAGCGGAAAUUCCGGCGCUGAUAAUUCGUGUUCUUGACACUCUGUGGUAAAUAAAUAUGACUUGUGCAGUCUGCAGUCUGUUUUGGAAGGGCAGCGGCGUUUUUGUUAAAAUCAUUGAAAGAGUAUAAAAGAUGGGGCGCGCGGAUGGUUGUGAUUUCAUCCUAAUUGAUGGUAGACGUAAUAAAAAUGCAAUUAUGCUGA